AGUUGUUUCAUAGAUAUUUCUUUAGAGAAACUUGCUUUGAAACUCGAAAAAUUAUACUAUAAAAUAUUGGUUCAGGCCUAAUCAGAAACUGUUGUUAAAUACUCAAGCAUUAGCUUCUCCUUCUCUUCACAAAAAAGUUUGAAAGAUCCAUGGCCAUGAAUACUGUUUUGUGGCUUAUUGGAUUGUUUUUGAUCAGUCAUGGAGUUGAAGCUUCUCAUCUCUAUUACAGAAACCUUCAAUCUCUUCAAUCUACCAAUAUCCCAGCUCAUCAGCCUUACAGAACUGGUUACCAUUUCCAACCUUCCAAGAAUUGGAUGAAUGAUCCUAAUGGACCUAUGGUUUACAAGGGAAUUUACCAUCUAAUGUAUCAAUGGAACCCUCUUGGUGUUGUCUGGGGUAACAUAGUGUGGGCACAUGCCACAUCCACCGAUCUCGUUAACUGGAUUCACCAUAAACACGCCAUUGUCACAUCCGAACCAUUUGAUAUCAAAGGUGUCUGGUCAGGUUCAACAACAUUUGUGAACGGAAAGCCGAUUAUCCAAUACACGGGUAUUAUCGAGUCGAAUCAAUGGAAUUACCAAGUUCAGAACAUGGCAGUGCCGAAGAAUUUAUCCGAUCCUUACCUGGUUGAAUGGGAUAAACCAGCUAAAUGGAAUCCUAUAAUGAAACCCACUGAUGGUGUCAAUGCUAGUGCUUUCAGGGAUCCAACUACUGCCUGGAAAGGUCCUGACGGAAGGUGGAGAACGGUAAUCGGAAGCAAAAUUGACAGAAAAGGAAUGGCGAUUAUGUAUAGAAGCAAAGAUUUCAUUCAUUGGAUUAAGGCAAGAAAACCUCUUCAUUCUGCAAGGAACACAGGAAUGUGGGAGUGCCCGGAUUUCUUUCCAGUCCCUCUUAAAGGAAUGAAUGGUGUCGAUACUUCGGCUAUGGGUCCUCUUGUUAAACAUGUUAUGAAGGUGAGUUUGGAUGAUACCAGGCACGAGUAUUAUACAGUUGGAACAUACGAUCAUGUGAAGGAUAGGUACAUUCCUGAUCAAGGAUCGAUUGAGAGUGAUACAGGUCUGAGAUACGAUUACGGGAAGUUUUACGCUUCAAAAACAUUCUUUGACCAUGAGAAGAACAGGAGAGUGUUGUGGGGUUGGAUCAAUGAAUCAAGUACUGUAGAAGAAGACACUAAGAAGGGCUGGUCUGGAUUGCAGGCCGUUCCACGAACUCUUUGGCUCGAUCACAGCGGUAACCAAUUGAAGCAAUGGCCUGUAAGAGAGAUCAACUCUCUUCGUACUAAACGAGUUAAGUUACCAAGUCAAGUUCUUAAAAGAGGAUCAGCAAUCAAAAUUUCUGGUAUCACAGCUUCACAGGCAGAUGUUGAUGUCCACUUUGAGCUACCAAAGUUGGCAGAUGCAGAAAUCAUGGACCCAAGUUGGGUUAACCCACAACUCCUAUGUAGUGCUAAGCCAGCAUCAGCUAAAGGGAAGUUAGGUCCAUUUGGUUUACUAGUUUUGGCAUCUAAGAAAUUUGAAGAACAGACAGCUAUCUUCUUCAGAGUAUAUAACAACCACGGCAAGUAUGCUGUGGUCAUGUGUAGUGAUCAGAGCAGGUCUUCUCUGGAGGAAAGUAAUGACAAGACCACUUACGGGGCUUUUGUUAAUGUUGAUCCUUAUCAUGAUAAGCUAUCUCUAAGGAGCUUGAUUGAUCACUCAAUAGUGGAAAGCUUUGGAGUUGGAGGAAAGGCUUGUAUUACUGCCAGAGUUUACCCCAAAUUGGCUGUUGGUCGUGGAGCUCAGCUAUAUGUAUUCAACAAUGGAACUCAAAAUGUGAAGAUAUCAAGUUUGAAAGCAUGGAGCAUGAAGAAAGCUCAUAUCAAAUACUGAAGAAAUAUUGGAGAUUCUUGAACAGCUAACAGGUUAAACCAAUUUUAUGGAUUUAUUCUAUGAUUGAACAAGAUAAAUUAUCAGUGUUAUUGCAUUUACUUUAUAUAUUUGAGGAUAUAUUGAAUAAACCAGACAGCAUUUUUAAGUAUCA